AUGUUCGUGGGUCGAGCUGCGCAUAAUGGCGCUCGCCUGCGCGCGAGCUAUCUCGAGAUCUUCAACUAUGUUCGCCGCAGUCAAUUGACUCCUAGUUCAGCAUCAUACGUUCGCAUCGCAUCGUCGCCUAGAGCUCUCCACGGAGCUUCAUGUCUUCGCCAACAAGUUAAAGGCUCUGAACAAUCAUCAGACAUUGCGCAGCUGCUAGAUAAUUAUAAGAAGACGGUUGAAUUUCCUCCUGCUACAUGCGACUUUAGUAAACUCAUAGCAGAAACUUCGCCUGAUCAAGAAAUCGUUCUUCAUGGCUACCUCGGUGUCCGAAAUGACAUAUCGAAGAAGCUAUCCUUCGUCCGGUUACAAGACCCGACCAUGAACCACAGCAUACAGCUCGUAUCGAUUGCUGGUAAAGGGCCGUCUGAAAUCCUCAAAACAAUCCGGCCGAACAGUCCCGUAGUAGUGAAGGGAAAAGUUAAAUCUAAGCAGUCAAAGAGUGCGGAAAUGGCGCGUCGAGACCCCUGGGAGAUUGUCCUCGACGAUAUUCAACUUCUCAAUGACUUCCCGAGUGAUAUUUGGAUGGCGCCAGACAUGGCACAUCCCCCUAAACACAGGCACCUGCAGUUACGGACAAGCAGCGAACUCCGUGAGGCUCUCCGAUUCCGAGCAGAAGCUCGCACAAUCUGCAGAUCGGUACUAGACCAGAGCCAGCCAGGUUUUAUAGAGAUCGAAACUCCCCUACUAUUCAAGUCCACACCUGAGGGGGCUAGAGAAUUCCUAGUGCCCACCCGGAAGCGUGGACUAGCAUAUGCACUCCCGCAGAGCCCGCAACAAUACAAGCAAAUACUCAUGGCCAGCGGAAUGCCUAGGUAUUACCAGUUUGCGCGCUGCUUCCGCGACGAAGAUCUCCGUGCCGAUAGACAACCAGAGUUCACUCAGCUCGAUCUCGAGAUGUCGUUUGCCACAAGCGAAGACGUGAUGCGUACUGUUGAAAACCUCGUUCGCCAACUCUGGGCGGAAUUGAUGGAUACCAAUGUUCCCCAGGGGCCGUUUUGGAGACUACCAUACCAGGAAGCGAUGCAGCGUUAUGGCUCUGACAAACCCGAUACCAGAUAUGGAAUGGAGAUCUAUAGGAUUGAGCAUUUGCUCCCCGUGGAUCUUGUCCAGAAGAUCACACCACUAACAAAGCCUAUUGUCGAAAUAUUCAAGAUGAAGGGCGAGGAUAAUGAUGCAGCUGCAACAUCAGAAUUCAUCACCCAUUUUCUCGACUCGCCCGCCGGCACCCCAUUCAACGAGAAUACACAAGGUGCACCGGGCAUCUUCGUUUACGACACGAAGAAGCCCCUGUGUGGCCUCCAACCAUUUGGCUUCCAGGCUGCAGAAUACGUGGAAGACCUUCUUGACCCUGAGCAGGGCGACUUGCUCGUAAUCCAAGCCCGUGAAGACGCCCCUUUCGCAGGUGGCUCGACCCCGAUAGGCGACCUUCGUCGCGCUCUCCACUCUGCCGCGGUGAAAAUCGGGUUCAAAGAACCACCAACAGGCUUCGAGUUCCUCUGGGUCGUUGACUUCCCUCUCUUCUCCCCCUCCACCGAGUCAGAACCGGGUCAAGGCGGAGCAGCCGGAAUAUCCUCGACACACCACCCUUUCACAGCACCCAAGACCGCCGCUGACGUGGACCUCCUCCUUACCGACCCCACAAAGGUUGUCGCUGACCACUACGACUUAGUCGUGAACGGCGUUGAACUAGGCGGCGGGAGUCGCCGUAUCCACGAUUCGGCCGUGCAGGAGUUCAUCCUCCGCGACGUCCUCAAGAUGCCGCAGGAGCGACUCGCUGACUUCUCGCAUCUGCUUGAGGCUCUUCGCGCUGGAUGUCCUCCGCAUGCUGGUCUGGCCCUAGGCUUUGAUCGACUUGUGGCUGUUAUGCUAGGCAAGGAGUCUGUGCGGGAUGUCAUUGCGUUCCCUAAGAUCGGAAAGCUCGGUGAAGAUCCCAUGGUCAAGGCUCCUGGGCCGGUGAGUCAGGAGGCACUGGAGACGUAUCAUCUUCGUCUGCUUGACGAGCAAUAA